GGCUGUACCCCCUUGAUGGUGGCUGUUGACAAGAAUGACCAAGAGAUGGCCACAUUCCUCCUAGAAUGCGGAGCUGAUGUCAACGCCAAGGGCAGGACCGGGCGGUAAUGGAGCACUUCUCGUUUUAUGAUUCGUAGGACAUGCCUAAUGUUUGCUGCCAGAAACGGUUCGGUGGACAUGACCCAGCUACUCCUGAGUUACCAUGCAGAUCAAAGUGCCAUGGACUGGCGAGGCUGGACGGCGAAAUCCUAUGCCAUGCGCUAUGGUCACAAGGAAUGUCUGGAGCUGCUCCUGAAACAGAGAUCUCAAAUGGAGUCUGAAGCCUUCCUCAUGUAUGACAGUGAGCUUUGCACAUCGGAGGAGGAGAAUCGCAGCCGGGUUGUGGCAUGCUGCUGUAGAGGGAGACACGUGUGUUCAAGAGUUCAGACAAAACCUGCCACCUUUCAGAUGGAAUGAACAAAGUGCUUUGUCUCUUGGGGCAGGACCUCAGGAGGCUGAGCAGAAACCAACUGAUGGCAUGGGGCUCAUGCCAUUCAAUGGAAUGAAAUUUGGUAAAAUGGAGACGUCAGAAGAGUUCUUCUUCAUCUAGUAAAUUUUGGAUGGAUGAUACUGAAGAUUUGCAGAGAUGUGAAAUUGAAAGUCUUGGUCUGGUGGCAAGGUGCUCAGCGGCAGGACCUCCAAUGUAGACAUUUUCAGAAUGGCAUCCAGGAGAUGGCAGUGCCACCAAACCAGCAGCACAAUAACAAGGACACAGCAACUGUGGGCAACUUGAGAGCUGCUUCAAUGAAUGCCAGAAUCCAACAGCUUGAGGACCUCAGAGACCAGGAUGAAAAGCUGCCAGUAGAAGUCAAGGACCUGAAGGCACAGGAUGUGACAUACAUGUCAAGGACCCAGGAGCGAAGGACAUGUCAGAAGAGCAAAGAGCACAAUGAAACGGGAGAGAAGAAACACAAGGGGCGCUCCACAUAUGGUGAACCAUGGACUGGCGCUGCAUGUCUGCACGGACUGGAAAUUCAAAGUGACAUCAAGAUAAUGGCUGCCGGUGACCCAGGAGGCUACCAGCGAAGAAGUGUGCAUGAGGGAGGUGACACGAUACACCGGCUGAGAGAAAGAGAUGGAGAGAGAGAACUACAGCAGAAAAUGGGGGAGCAGGUCAAGCCAGCCUCCUUGGAGUCCUGUGCAGACUGGAUGAGCCUGGUGAGAGGCAAAGUGAAGGAGAUGUUCAACUUGUCCCCGGAUCUGUCUGAUGAACUCUCGCAUGCAAACUUUUCCACUUCAGAUACUGAAGGCUCAAAAGAGGAUAUUCAAAAGGGACGCAUUGAGGGGAUUGAGGAGCUGGCCAGCCAACUGCGGAGCCUUCACACUCAGUUUCGUGAUGUCACCCACGGAGAUGCAGGCGAUGAGAAUACGAAGAAGGCUGGUCACCCAGAUGUGUGCUUGAAGGACAGCACUGGACUGCACACACUGCAGCGGGAGCAGAAUGAAGCUCUGGAGCAAGAAAUGAAGGAGCUGAAUGAGAAGUUGAUGGAGUCUGAGACACACAGGCUGACCUUGGAGCAGCAGUGUCAGGACCUACGCCGCACACUUGAGAACAGAGAGGUGGAGAUGAAGGCCUCCUCAUGUCUUCUGCAGGAGGCACUUUUUGCAGGCAGUGGGAUGAAGGAGCAGCUACGAAGACUGCAGAUGGAGCACAAGAAGCUGAAGGCCUCCUUCCGAAAGAGCAGCAAGAUGCACGAGCGGCAACGGGAAAAGGAGAAGUCAGUGGAGGCCGCCGCAGAGCAGCUUCAGCGGGACGUGAUGGACACACUUGCCAAAUUCAAGGAAGCUCAGGCUCUGCUGGAGGAGAGCAACAGGCAGCGGCGACAUCUGGAAGUGGAGAACCACGAAGUGAAAAUGGACAACAAACAACUGAAGAGAGAGUUUCAUCAGGUAGUUAAGUUCCUGAAGAAAAGUCAAGAUGACAUUCUUGACCUGAAGAUGUCCGUGAUGAAGAAGGACGGGGAGAUCCUGGCCUCUUCUGCCAGGCUGGUGAAGAUGGAAGAAGAGAACCGCAGGCUUAAGCUGAGAGUGGGAAAGCUGGAAGAAGUUGGGAAGAAGCUCAGCAUGCAGAAGAAGCAUCUACUGGAGCAACUGUCCAAUGCAGAGUCGAUGCUGGUGUCUUUAUGGAGCCAUGCCAAUCUGUCCGGGCUGCACUCCAGGCGUACAUCAGCGAACGCGCCAUUCUGGCAGAGCCGCACAAAUUCAUCUUAUUGCCUUAAUAAAAAUAUGUCGAGUUACCCCGACUCUUUGUCUUUUCCUAUGCCAGGAUGCCAAGCCCAGAAGUGAAACAUCUGCUUGUUAGAAAAUAAAGUGCCCACCUGAGGGCAACUCUUGAACUGCAUGUGUGCUUAAAAUGGUUAUUAAAAUGAGGGUUUAAAAAAAGGAUGGGCAAUUCAGUUCCUCCUCCAUGCCACUCUAAGAUGUGAUUACGUGAUGCCACACUUGCAGAGUUUCAUGGCAUCAUA